AGAUGGCUGCCAUACGCAAGAAACUUGUCAUUGUGGGAGAUGGAGCAUGUGGGAAGACCUGCCUUCUUAUUGUCUUCAGCAAGGACCAGUUCCCAGAGGUGUAUGUCCCCACUGUCUUUGAGAACUAUGUGGCUGACAUUGAGGUGGAUGGAAAACAGGUAGAACUUGCCCUGUGGGAUACCGCAGGCCAAGAGGAUUACGACCGCCUGAGACCCCUCUCUUACCCUGACACGGAUGUUAUCCUCAUGUGCUUCUCCAUCGACAGCCCAGACAGCUUAGAGAAUAUCCCUGAGAAGUGGACUCCAGAGGUGAAGCACUUCUGUCCCAACGUGCCUAUUAUUCUGGUGGGGAACAAGAAGGAUCUGCGUAAUGAUGAGCACACGCGCCGGGAGCUGGCUAAGAUGAAGCAGGAGCCGGUGAAGCCGGAGGAGGGCCGCGACAUGGCCAACAGGAUUAGCGCUUUUGGAUACCUGGAAUGCUCUGCCAAGACAAAAGACGGAGUACGGGAAGUGUUUGAGAUGGCCACCCGGGCUGCCUUGCAGGCCAAGCGUGGGCGUAAGAAGACCUCAUGCCAGCUGCUGUAAUCAUUCCCCUUUGCCUGCCAGCCAAGCCAGUGAGCUGUCAGCUUCCGGGCUUGCCUUCUAUCCAAUACUCUGCCGGGGGCAGGACUGGCACGGCCUCUCAGAGGGCGAGCCUGCUAGAGCUGGGCUGGGGUGGGGUGGUUCUUCUGGAGCAUGGCAACUAACUAUGGGAGUGGGGGUUCCCAAGUCUGCCCCAGGCUUCUCCCAUCACUGUGCAGGGGGGUGGCAUUUUUCCCUUUGGCCCUCCCACGAAAGGUGAGUAGGUGCUGGCCCCUGAUGAGCUGGGGGUGAGAGGGGAGUUCCUCGGCCUUCAGCCCGCUUACUCGCUCGCUCGCAGCAGUCUUGGCACUCUCACCGGCAGCCCAUGGCACUACACUGCCCUUGGCCGUUCUUUUGUCAAAGGCUCAUCCUGCCAAAGUGUGGAAGCCCCUUGUUUCACUCAACGGUCAGAGCCUUGGAUUGGAGCAUCCAAUCCCCUUGCCCUCAGAAAAGGGCGGUAGUUUUAUUAAAAAGCGUCACUCCUUCAGGGCAGGAGGAAAAUCUAGUCCUCCAGCACAGUGGGCAAGUAAACCACCUUGCACCUCUUACCUUGGGCCCCUUAGCUGGCAUUCUCUGCUAAUUGGCUCCCAAAUCUCUGGGAGGCAGCAGAACCACUGGGAGCCGCCUGGGAGCACACAGUCCAGCCCACAGGCUGCCUCAUAGCUUUUCCUUGGGAGUGGGGGGCGUGUCUCAGUUAAACAGCAUUGGGCUCUCUCCUCCCAAACCGAAUUUUUGUCCACUUUGGUAUAUAUCUCCUAACAGCAGAGCCAGGGAGCUACCUUUCCAUCAAACUGGCCCAGGAGACUGGGCCAUGAAGCCUGGCCCCUUUUCUAACAAAAUAACUAUAUUUGUAAGCAGAGGUGCUAUGGGGCCAGUUUGUUGCUGUUGGGCAGCUCUCUGAACCUGUGGCUAGAAUAACCACUGCCACAGCUCCCAAAUGCAAAGGACCGAUUCUGUGUCUCUCUCUCUCUCUCUCCCUGUCUCUCUCUCUCCCUCUCUUUCCGCUUCCCUUCACUCCUGCUUUUCUUCCCCGGUCCCCUGACCCUUUGUACUCACUGCAUUGCCACCUGGGGUGUAUGGUUUUUGUGUUUAAUUUGUAUUCACAUGUUUUAAAAAAGCAAAAGCAAAAAGUGGUUGUUAACUUUUCAAAAUGUACUUGAAAAACAAAAUCUGUAAUAAAUUUGUAGCGAUGUUUAGUA